GUUUGGGGGGGUUGCACUAUCUGGCAACCCAGCUACCAGCAGCGCGUCCGUAUCUAAGCAACCAGAUCCGCGGUGGAAUGGCGGAGGAGCGCGCGCUUGCAGGUGUGUCGGAGGUCCAGAAGAAGAUCCGGAGCGCGUUUGAUGUUUUUGAUCAUGAACAGAAUCAAACUGUGGACGUCAGGGAGAUCGGGACGAUUAUUCGUUCUCUCGGUCGAUUUCCCACCGAAGCUGAACUGCAUGACGUCAUCGCUGAGAUCGAGGAGGAGGAGCCAGCGGGCUUCAUCCGUUUUGAGAAGUUCCUGCCGACCAUGUCCCGAAUCCUGAUGGAGAACAAGUUACGUCCCGUUCCUGAGGAUCUUCUGCUUCAGGCGUUUGAGGUUCUGGAUCAGCAGAAGAAAGGACACCUGGAUCCGGAGGAGCUCAGCAGAUAUUUAACACAGGAAGGAGAUCCGUUCUCUCAGGAGGAGAUGGAGGAGAUGCUCUCUGCUGCUCUGGAUCCCGAGAAGAAUCUGAUCUUCUACAGGGAUUUCGUCAGCAUGAUGACCGCCGAUGAGCCGUGGUAACGAGGGACCGCCCACAGGGGGCGGAGCUACAUCAGCUUUAAUAAUCGGAAACUUCUUUAUUCCAUUUAUAUUAAAGCUCAUUAAAUAUUUCAUGUGUGACUAAUAAAUAAAUAAAUAAAU